AUGGAUUAUUCGAACCGUGUUAACUCCAAGAAGGGAGCAGGUGGUAUUGCGAGUGCGGAAGAUCAAAAUGUGCACAGUAAGAAACGCGUUCAAGAGCUUUUGGCUACUCAUAUUCUAGAUAUCGAUAAUGAUCCCUAUGUUUUUCGAAAUCAUCUAGGUAUUUUAGAGUGCAGGCUAUGCUUGACCACCCACAAUAACGAAUCAUCUUAUAUAUCACACUUGGGGGGAAGAAAACAUCAUUUGAACCUAGAGAGAAGGAGAAUUUUAGAUGAGAAGCUGCGACAACAACAAGAGCUUCAACAGAAAGUUCAAGAUCAAGUAAGUAUUAGCAAUGUGGAGAAGAGACAUUGGAAGAGGAUAGGUCGACCAGAGUACAAAGUUGUAAAAUUACGAGACCCCAAGACACACCAACUUGGUAUACUUAUUACAGUCAAAUGUCUCAAUAUAACAGUGGACGAACCAUUUUUCAGAUUGAUGUCGUAUUUUGAGUUGACUUCUAAGAAUCAGAACUUGGGUGUGAAGUAUAUCCAGGAUAGAAAUCAGGAUGAGGGCGAUGACGAGGACUAUGGCGAGGAUUCAGAACCCAGCGAUGUGCAGUAUCUCGUUAUUUCUGCAGAGCCUUACGACAACAUUGCCAUAAUUAUACCCAAUAAACAUGAAAUUGAUAAACCACAAGAGGAAGGUAAGAUGUCUGAAACAUACUGGUGGUUCUGGGAUAAUGAUACAAAGGAGUUUUUCCUACAACUAAUGUAUAAAAGUUAG